AUGACAAUUGCAAAACGUGCUCGUCAUGAAUUAGAAAUCUAUUUACAACUGAAUUUAACUAAUUGUAAAUGUUUAAAUGAUGAUAUUGACAUUCCAUUGUUGUUCUGGAAAGAACAAGAACAUGUACUACCCAAUAUGCCACGAUUAGCAAAACAAAUUUUUUUCAUUCCUGCCUCUUUAGCUGAGGUAGAACGCGCAUUCAGUUCAGUCGGUAUUGUCGUAUUACAGAGAAAAAUCAAUAUCAAUCCAUCUACAGUUAAUGAUAUUAUACUUAUUCGAUCGGCUGCAGCUUAUUUGAAGACCCAUACAUAG